AUGAACGCAGCAGCAGCAGAAGGCUCCAAGGCCGCUCCACCCAAGUUCAAACAGAAGGAGACCAGGCAGUUCAAGAGCAAAGCUCCCAAAGCCGGACAGAAGGGGUUUGACAAUGAUGUACCAGGCAUGGAGGGUCUCGGAGACUCUGCGGUGGUCUGUCCCUGGGAGGCGUUUGGUGACAUGGAGCUGAGCGACCUGGCUCAGUUUGGCAUCGUCUAG